GCUCCGAAUGCGGACGAGCCCGUCCAUCUCACUGGCUGCAUGCGACGCGUCAUCGUUCGGCCAGAAAAGCUGAGUUGGUAUCUGGAGCCCAACCUUGGCGUUCCAGACACUGACUGGGCAGACCUGCCCGGGAAGGCUGUCAGCCGUGCAACAAACACCCGAACUCGUGCAAAGCACCUUGAUGGGUCAAAGUCGCUCGUGUUGGACUUCCACUUGGGGCCUGGGCAGUAUGCAACGAUGGCUAUGCGGGAGGUUAUGCGGCCACGGCCAUCCAAGGCACCACAACAUCACGUGUUCUUCAGUGACACCGAG